AUGACCCAAGAAUCGAGCUCUCCAGACCUCAAGGCCCGAAAAGUCCUUGUCUUCGGCGCAACAGGCCUUAUUGGUUCUAGGAUCGUCAACUCUCUGGCAGCGGCGAAAUCGAAUUUCGAGGCCAUUAUAGUGUUUACCUCUGCAUCUACUUUGGAGAAGAAGCCACACCUUGUUGAAUCUCUCAAGAACCGGGGAAUUGGUGUUAUUACGGGUGAUGUGAAUAAUGAGGAUGAUGUCCGUGCCGCCUAUCAAGGCGUGGACACCGUCAUCAGUGCUCUAGGCAGAGAUGUUCUCGCCUCUCAAAUUCCUUUGAUCCAGCUCGCGGCCUCUUCGCCUUCUGUCAAAUGGUUUUUCCCAUCAGAAUAUGGGACGGACAUUGGGUAUUCUCCGGCUUCCGCGAAUGAGAAGCCUCAUCAACAGAAACUCAAAGUGAGAGCUGCGUUGCAGGCAGUGAAAGACAAGCUGGUGCAUACUUAUGUGGUUACCGGUCCGUUUGCAGAUCUAUAUUUGGGCCCGGGUUUACCAGAUGCUAGAGGUGGAGCGUUCAGAGUCAAGGAGAGACUUGCCGAUUUACUGGGUGAUGGCAACGGGCGGAUCAGUUUGACCACUAUGGAUGACGUGGGCAAGCUUGUCGUUUCCGCCCUCUUACAUCCCACGGCUUCGAAGAAUCGAGCAUUGAAGGCCAAUUCUUUCACUACCACGCCUGUUGAAAUUCUCCAAAUGGGAAAAAAUCACAUAUACGCCGCUCGACGAGCUACAUAG